AUGGAUCCCCCAAGGAAAUACCCCCUUAAGAGAGACCCACAGACGUCUAGUCCCCUUGGAAAGGACCCCACGAAGAAAAAGGACCCCGCGAGUGAGCAACCCCUAGGAAGCAUCCCCCAAGGGAGGACCCCCAGGAGAGGACCCCAGGGAGAGGACCCCAGUGGGAGGACCCCAGGAGCGGACCCACGAGUGAGCACCCCUGGGAAGCAUCCCCCAAGGGAGGACCCCAGGAGGAUGACCACAGGAGGCCCCAGGGAGAGGACCCCAAGAGACCCCAGGGAGAGGACCCCAGGAAGAGGACCCCAGGGAGAGGACCCCAGGAGGAGCACCCCUAGGAAGCAUCCCCCAGUGAGAGACCCCACGAGUGAGCACCCCCUAGGAACCAUCCCCAAGGGAGGACCCCAGUCGGAGGACCCCAGAGGCUCGUGCGACGGCCUCUCGCUGGGCCCCGACACCAAGGGGCUCCGGCGGCCGAUCAGCAUGCUGUCGCCUCGCCCGCCCGUGCCUCCGCCUCAUGCAUGA